AUGUCUCAGCACUAGUCUCGAACUUUGACUGCUCCGUAGUCUAUCGGUGAGUUCUAGGGAUAAAUGCACUCUACAGAGGAAGGCAACAAUAACAAAACUACCCACUAAGAGUAACAAGAUGACGUCAGUAAAUCCAGAAUUCUGCCAAAACCCUUUCAUAUUUCCAGGAUAUAAAUUGAUUAUAAUAAUUCUAUUUAAUUUUUUAAAUUUCGGAAUAGUGUGGGUAAAGCGGCCCGGAGACGGUCAAUAAUAUUGUCAAUAAAAUUGACAAUGGUACUAUUGAUGCGUCUAAUUGAUCGUGUCGGAAGCGAUUGAUGAGAUUGUCAAUCGAUUGACCGAGAUUGAUUGGAAAUUUGAUUGAAGCACAUUGACAGAACCGAUUGACGCAUCCCAAUUGAUCGUGUACUCGAGUAAUUGACAAUCGUUCGGUCAGUUAAUUAGCGGCUGCGAUGAUGUAUACGUCGCCGAGCUCCAUGGAAAGUGUGAUGGAAAGCGAAAACAUCGGGGAGAAGGAUUUUGUUUUGAUGUUAAUCGCGCUGUAUCGUGACCAUCCAGUGUUAUGGAGAGUAAAAUCAAACGAUUAUAUGAACAAAAAUAAAAAAAGUAUUGCGUUGCAAACAAUACUUUGCGCUUUAAAACACUAUAAACCGAAUUAUACGGAGGAUAAUUUGAAAAAAAAAAUUAAUAUUCUUCGAACCAAUUUCAAUAAAAGCGAGCAAAAAAAGCGUUCAGGUGCAUCGAGAGAUGACAUUCCGGAGCCGACGUUAUGGUAUUAUAAGGAGCUACUUUUUAUCAAAGAUCAAGUGGAAGUAGCUGAUACAGAAAGUUCAGAGCAACCGUUAACUGACGACUCCCAAGAGCCCCAGAUGGCACCUGAUGUCAAGACUGUCAAGACAGUACCCUCUAGGAAAAGAAAACCACCACCUGAUUCAUCAACGGAUGAACUCGUAGGGUUAGCUACAGCAUAUUUUAAAAGGCCAACAGACACUGAAUCGGAGAUAAUAGCUAAGGGAUGGGCUAUGAAAUUGAACCGAUUAGCCGCAGACCAGCGACGGUAUGCGGAGAAAAUAAUUAAUGAUACCCUCUUUGAAGGUGAACUGGGCACGUUAACAAGGAACGGAGUGCGUUUUUUACCAUCAUCGCAAACCCCGUCACGUUCGUAUUCAAGAUCGCCUGCACCGAGCUCAUUGUCCAUUAUACCUGAACGCCCUUUCCAAAAUGUCUCACAUUUAGCAUUCUUAUCACACUCUUAUCAAAUAGAACAACGAAACUAUCAACCACAGCAACAACCGUAUUGCUCACAACAACAAAACUAUCAAGAUUCUUUCAAUCACAAACAACUACAAGAACAAUACUCAGGCAGUGAAGCAUACACCCGAGUGAUUAAUCUCUUCCAUGUAAUUUUUCUUAAUAAAGACAUUAUUUAUUUAUUUAAUUAAUCGUUUUACGUUUAAUAAACCUUACCUAUAUAUUAUAUAAACUUACCUGUAUAUAA